UACUCUCUUUAGCUCCCAUUACCGGAGAACGUCAUGAAGCACACCUCUAAGACCUUCAGACUUAAUUAAUAGUGUACAGACACUCUCUUGCGUGUCACCACAACAUUCCUGACUCUUUCACAGACACCUCGUUACUUGUUGUAAAACUAAGAAAUUGAAUCAAACUAUCGCCAAAAGCCAGGGCAAGGGCGAAAAGCCCCCCUACCUUCUUCCUUCUCGCAAAAUGGAUCAACAUUAUCGCCAAAAGCUCUUCUCUACCAGAGCCAAAUUAUCUUCUGCCGAGGAGGAUCUGUUGAGCACUAAAGAUACACCCAAGAUGCGGAAAAUUGAGAUUUGCAACAAGAGGAACCUGGUGUUGACGAUCAAGGUGGCAAUCGUGAUCACCUGCACAGUUUUGCUCUUUGUUCAAUCCGAAAAGUGCUUCAAACGAUACUUCCAAUAUGACACAACCGCCACUUUAUCUGUUAAGCCGACUGGGGAAGCCACAUUUCUGGCCUUUAGCAUCUGUCCAGCUUUUGAAGCAGCCUACAAGAAUGAUGUUCUUGACAACUAUGGAAUUACCGAAAAAAAUUACCAAAAAGGGAUUUACACGCCGACGAUCAAUCCGGAGAAUAAGUCCCACGAGGACAUUUUCAACGAAGCUACAUACACUUUGGAGGAGAUCUUAAUGGAGAUCAAGCUGAAGACUUCCAAUCAAUCAUGGACCGAGGUAGCAGUUCCCUUCAAGUUUGAGGAGUGGGAUAAUGAAAUUGCCGCAUGGGACACCAAUUACCAUCAGCUCUAUGGUAAAUGCUACACAAUGUCGUUGCAACCGGAUAUUGCACAGAUGGAGGUCACCCAAGUUCAAGUGGAGUCAAAAAUUAACAUCUUCGUAUUUCUGCAUCACCCCGGUCAGUUCAACGACUUCAAUUCCAAAACUAAGAUGCACAGCAUCCUUGGGAAAUCUCUUUUUAUCGACAUCACCUACGAGAUAACCGUCAACACUUUGGGAGAGGAGUCCGAGAUUCCUUGCGCCACCGAAAUGGAUUAUGCCUUCGACAAUUGCAUGUCCCAAGAGGUGGUGGGCAAACUUGUAACGAGACACGGAUGUUCUCUGCCUUACUUACCGUCUAAAAGUGGCAGCACAAUUUGCAACCCCACCAACAUUGAAUUGCGAGAGGCAGCCUUCAAGGAUUACGACUUUUUUACCUCCAAUGGCCAAAAACAACUCUGCGAUCGUCCCUGUUCAACCAUGGAAGUCUUCUCAGGCCUUCCCGUCAGUGGCGUCACCGACGAUGGUCUGGCGCAAAUGAAGAUGUACCUGAAAUCCACCACCAAAAUCAAACGAAUGGUCCUGGACUAUACCAUAAUAUCAAUGGUGGCAGAAAUCGGAGGUUAUACCGGUUUGCUCUUGGGGAUUUCGUUCGUGAACAUUACCCAUGUGUUGGAUCGGUUGUUUGGACGCUGGCUUCACAAGGCUUGAACUAAACCUAGGUUGCGAGAGUUUGGCUCACUCAUGAUCGCAAUUUUGAGUGAGAUUGCUGCGAGGUUGUGAAUGAGAUGAUUUAGUGUGUUCUCCGAACAGAACUUUAUUUUAUCACUUGACAUGAAGGACAAACAACUGUGUCUCCACCCGGUUUUGAAAAUCGGAACGAUUAAGAGGGAGUUAUGAAAAGAUGCAAAAACCUUGAAACUGGUUUCUGUGCUAAAAAUCCUUGCUGACCCCGAGUUGAACUUGAGUUCAUGAUGAAACCCGAAUAUGAGAACGAAAAUAAAAUACAAUCGUCUCUUUGUCUGUCUAGUUUUCUUCUUUUGAAGUCGGUGUACCUGUUUAUCUAGGACGU